AUGCAUACGUUUUAUGCAACCUUAGCUUUACUAUUUACAUUUACUAUUCUUUUUUGGUCAAGUACUGAAGGCGCUGUUUGUGGAGCCUACAAUCCAGUCUUCGACACCUGCUGCAAUGGUGUAAUCAAUGGUGGACCUAAACAAUCGUGUUGUGGUACGAAAGCUUACAAUACAUUCUUCGACACCUGCUGUAAUGGUGUAAUCAAUGGUGGACCUAAACAAUCGUGUUGUGGUACGAAAGCUUACAAUACAUUCUUCGACACCUGCUGCAAUGGUGUAAUCAAUGGUGGACCUAAACAAUCGUGUUGUGGCACGAAAGCCUACAAUACAUUCUUCGACACCUGCUGCAGUGGUGUGAUUAGAUCAGGGAAGGUUUCUGUAUGUGGAAAAUAA